CAUCUGCAGCCUGGUGUGUGUGUCUGUGUGUGUCUGUGUGUGUGUGUGUCUGUGUGUGGGGUUAAUCUAAUCCAUGUGUGAUUACAGCCAGAGUUCGAUGCAGCUGAUGCUGAAGCUCAGAGGAUAUUAAACACUCGGCUCGACAGCGAGGCGGAAACAGAAGGAGUUAAAAAAAUCCAAAUCUGUCAGGAAGAUCUUCCUCCUCCUCCUCUUCCUCCCGACUCCUCGGAUGCUCAUCCCUCCACCUGUUAGUGCGGACCCUCGUGCACUAAAGCCCACUUGUUUGUGAAGGAAUCUCUGCUCACAACCAGAGACUCUAUGACGGUGCAGAGAGGAAAGAAGCUCAGCAUCUCCAUCCAGGAACACAUGGCCAUAGACGUCUGUCCCGGUCCCAUCAGACCCAUCCGGCAGAUCUCCGCCUACUUCCCCCGCCUGUCUCCCACCUCUCCCACACCUGUCUCCCCUAACCCCGCCCAGUCUCCUAACCCCGCCUUCUCCCCACCCUCCCUCAGCCCACCGGCGGUGGCGAUGGGUGGGGCUCACCUGCUGUCGCCUCUGAGGGCCCACGGCAGGUGGGGAGGGGGCGGGUCUCUGUCCCAGAACAGCAGCAUGGACACAUCUGUAGAGAUCAACAGUGAUGACAGUGACGACUGCACUGCUCUGGGAACACUGGAGUUUGAGCUGAGAUAUGAUCAGAGCUCCAGCGAGCUGCACUGCACCGUGAUCCGAGCCAAGGGCUUAAAGUCGAUGGACUUUAACGGUUUAUCAGACCCAUACGUCAAACUGCACCUGCUGCCAGGAGCCAGUAAGGCCAACAAACUGAAAACAAAAACGAUCCGAAACUCUCUGAACCCCGUCUGGAACGAAACCCUGACCUACGUCGGGAUCACAGAGGAGGACAUGAACAGGAAGACACUCAGGUUGGGAGAACGAGCAGCUGCACAGCCUGGAGGAGCGAGGUCGUCUUCUUCUGUCCCUACAGUUUCUGUCUCCGGUGGUGUUGGACGAUGCUGACGCUGACAGAGGAGGAGGAGGAGAUGAAGGGCGGCCUGGAGGCGGGCUCUGUGUGGGCGUGAAGCGCUGCGCUCACCUGGCAGCCAUGGAUGUUAACGGAUUCUCUGACCCUUACGUCAAAAUAUACCUGAAGCCCGACUCCCAGAAGAAAUCCAAACACAAAACAUCAGUGAUGAAGAAGACCCUGAACCCAGACUUUAACGAGGAGUUCUUUUAUGAGAUCUCUCUGUCGGAGCUGACCAAGAAGACCCUGGAGGUGACGGUGUGGGACUACGAUCUGGGUCGGUCCAACGACUUCAUCGGUGGUGUCUGCCUGAGCUGCCGCUCCCAGGGAGACGCCCUCCGUCACUGGAUGGACUGCCUGAAGAACAAGGGCCUGAAGGUGGAGCGGUGGCACAUCCUGACCAAUGAGCUGCCACGAAGCUUCAGCCACGACUAGCAGCUAACGCUAUAACUACUGACUAAUACUGCCACUGACAGCUAAAGCUACAACUAGCAGCUAACGCUACAACUACUGACUAAUACUGCCAUUGACAGCUAAAGCUACAACUAGCAGCUAACGCUACGAUUACUGACUAACACUGCCAUUGACAGCUAAAGCUACAACUAGCAGCUAACGCUACGACUACUGACUAAUACUGCCAUUGACAGCUAAAGC